AUGCAGCAGCAGCAACCGCUGCAACCGGAGGGACAGCAGCAGCAACCGCUGCAACCGGAGGGGCAGCAGCAGCAACCGCCCCCACCCCCAGAUGACAAAAUCCAGUCGGGCGUGGAGCGCUCUCUUCCUCAGUCAGAGUGCCUGCCAUCGAGCGGCGCUCCAAGCGGACAAGCCGGGGAUGUCCCUGUCGGUCAAACUUCGCCCCCAGGUGCCUCGUUGGGUGGACCCCCGCCCCCGCCCUCCGAUGGCGACAAUGCCCUGCUCCCUGGAGCCGUGUGCCUGCCAGCCGCCUCGCCUGGGGGGGAGGCCGCCGGACAGGCAUCCAAGGGUGAGGCUGAUUCACAGCCGGGCGAUGCACCCCCGUCUUCCGGAGGUGAGCAGCCCCCGCCACCGGUCAAAGAGGAGCCCCUUUCUUCGGAGGACGGCCAACCCCCAUCGCCGGUCAAGGAGGAGCCCCUUUCUUCGGAGGACGGCCAACCCCCAUCGCCGGUCAAAGAGGGACCCCUCUCUUCCGCGGGAGAACUGCCCCCAGUGCCCCCAUCGCCUCUGCUCUCGGAAGUCGAAAAGUCACUUCCCCAGUCUGAGUGUCUUCGGCUGCCUACGCCCACCCUGGGGGAGCCUACCCCGUCGGCAGUAAAAGAGGAGCCUCAGUCUACGGAGGCAGAACAGCCCCCACCGCUGGAGACAGAACCUUCGUCGGGGAGAGAAGAAAAGACUCAGCCUGCUGAAGAAGAUAUCCCGUCACCACCCCCACCAGCAGCUGAGCUUUCGCAGCAGCCCCAGCAGCCCUCCGAGGAGCAACCCUCCCCGCCAGGAGACCUGCAGCGCCCACCAUCCAGCAGCAGCGGUCCGGCAGCGCCACCCCCUGUGCCUGACGGGGUGCCCGAGGACGCCGCCCAAGAAGCGGCGGACCCGGUGGCCUCGAACGACACGGAGACCCGCGGAGCACCGGUAGAGCCGACCCCCGCGCCUGACGGGCUGCCCGAGGACUCCGACCAGGAGGCGGCUAAAGCGGUCGCGCCGAACAAGACGGACAGCAGCAUGCAGACGGAUGGCCGAUACAGACGCCCCAGCCGACAGAGCAAGGCGUCGUCCAAAGCUGUUGACGCACACUCUGCCGCCGGUGGGGACGACGCCAAGGUGCCGAAAACCGACGAGGGCCGCGACGAGCCCAAGAGCGUCACGGGGAAGGCGUCCACCACCAGCGCUGCCGUCAGCCAACGCGGUGACACGAACGUGGACGCCCUGGAGGAGGCGGAUGAGGUCGCUGUCUCGGUGGUCACCAAGCAGUCCAAGGGGCUGUUCGGCGAUGAUGUCAGCAUGUCCUGCUCGUCGAGUGUACCCGGGGGCGCCGCGAGGCCAGCAGAGACAUCUGCUGUCCCCGCCUCUGCAGAGCCACCUGCAGCUGUCCCACCCUCCGCACCUACUUCCGAAGGUUCCGACGCCACCGUACCCGAGGCCCCGCCGGCAGAAGACCUGCCGGCUGCCCCCGCCUCUACAGAGCCACCUGCAGCUGCCCCGCCGUCCGCGCCUACUCCCGAAGGCCCCGGCGUCGCCGUCCCUGACGCCUUGCCGGCAGAAGCCACGCCGGCUGCGCCUACCUCAGAGGGCCCCGGGGGCGCUGACCCAAGUAGUGCUGACGGCGGCGAUGGUGCGACUGAACCGUCAGUUGUUCCUGACGUCGGCACUUCAGAGGCGCCUGGCGGGACGGAUGUCGCUGACGACGGCAAAGAAGGCGCGGUGGCAGGUGAUGCUGACUCCGGAAUUGCGUCCGGCGGGUCCGCCGUCUCGAGGUACUCGACCUCAUCCCCGGACAAGGCUCCCGGGGAGGAGGCCCCAACGGGACAAGGAGAGCCGAUCGGCGGUGGUGAGUCAGCUGCAGGGGGUGCUGGCGCAGAGAGCACCGCGCCCACGGCGGUAGAGCAGGAAAUGGCUGCCGGGGAGGUAGCAGCACCGUCUACUGAAAAAGUACCCGCCGACGACGCGCCAUCUGGUGAACAGGUACCCGCCGACGGUGCCACACUGGCUGGUGAAGAUAACGUCGCGCCACCUGAAGAACAGAGACCUGCACCACCAUCGCCCGCUCAAGAAGCGGUAAACGAAUUGCCCGAACAUGAGCGCAAAGUGAAGUCUGUCAAUGUUAUGGGGGACGACACGAGCUUGUCGUGCGCCAACCACGAACUCGGUCUAGAAGCAAAACCGGUAGCGGGUCCCAUACAAGGUCCCUCUCAGAGUGGAGCGCCACCACCAUCCACCACCCAGGACCAGUCAAAGGGGGAGACAGCCGGUGUGACGGGUCAGCCGGAAGAGUCUCGAAAGUCUGUCACUUCGGAUGCAAAGGGGUCAGUUGUGUCUAAGGACUCGGGGCUGCCACCGUCUGAAAAGAGUGUGGCAAGUGAGGGCGAGGCGGGGGAGGCACCGAGUGAAGCCUUG